AUGUAUUGCAUGGGGUUCUCGACUCCAGUGCGGAGGGAGGCUGAGCCUUCUGGCCAGUUCUAUCCAAGUAUCGACAAACAAGGCAAAGCUGUCGAUAACAAAGUCGCGAUUGGUCCGAUCCUUGGGCUGGAUCAAACAAGUUUACUGAACGCAUCUUCUCAAAUCGUCCCAAAUCAUGACCAUGGGCACAAAAAUGAGUUGCGCAGUCUACGGAAUGCAGGAGGACAUGUUGACCCAAGCAACUGGUUCCAAAGAGAGAUGGACACCGCGAGUAGUAUACACCUGAACAAAGGAGAAAAUCAGCACACAAUAGGGGUAGGGGUUGAGGAUAAAUUUCAUAUUGUGGGAAUGGAGGUACUUCUUGAAAAUGAACAGACUCUCCGGAAUCAUGUCCCUUUUGAGACUUGCGAAGCACGAAAUGAUCGUGGAAGUGCAAAAAGGCUGGCAAUGGACCUGCAGAAGACCUCAAGAAUGCUGGAAUGCGAGCGAUCUCAAAGGCAGGUACUUAUGUAUAGGAUAGACCAAAUGGACAAGCAACUGCAGGAAUUAAAACGAUCAGAGACAAGAUCAAACCAUUUCAGAAACGGGGAUUCAAUCGAGAGCCAAAUCGAGGAUUUCAAUGCAGUCAUUCAAAACCAACAACUAGAACUCAACGAUCAGAGAGCAAGAAAUCAAGAGCUACAAGAGGAACUAGAGAAUGCCAAAACUCAGAACAAGAAUCUGAUUCACCAGAUGAGGCUACUUAUGUUUCUUCAUAUUCCUCAAGUUUCUGGGAAGUACAAAGAUGUUGGCUCUGUUAACUACGACAUUUCGGAGAGCUGGACGCAAGUCGGCAAGUACCAGCUGGGGAAAAAGAUUGGAGAAGGACACUAUGGCAUAGUUCAGGCGGGGGUUGAUUCUGUUACACGCAAUGAGUACGCCAUCAAGAUCCUUAGCAAAGAAAGGAUGAGCAGAUUCAAAGAUUUGCAACAGAUUGCUAUGGAAGUUCAUGUGUUGAAACACUUUGGACACCCGAACAUCAUUUUCCUCAACGAGGUCAUCCAUGCUCCUGAUAAUAUCUACUUGGUUUUGGAGCUUUGCUCCAUGGACUUGCAUUCGUAUCAUACGACGAUUGGAUUGACUGAAGACACGGCAAAGCAAGUGACCUUCGGGAUUUUGCGUGCACUUGAGCAUCUUCAUAGCAAUGGAAUUUGCCACCUUGACCUGAAACCAGAGAAUGUUCUUCUUUCUCGGUCCGUUGAUAUUAAGAAACUAUCGUACGAAGACAUUCGACUUUGCGACUUCGGGUUGGUGAAUAUGGCCCGAAAACCUGAAACAUCGAAAGAAAUCAUACGAAAAGGCUAUGCAUGUGGUACGCCUGGCUUUUUCGCUCCCGAAAUGAUUCUCGAGAAGAAGUUUGAGGGACGAACAGCUGAUAUGUGGUCACUAGGGGCAAUCAUUCUUGAAAUUACUCUUGGUUUCACACAGGAAUGGAUCGAUAGCUACGGGAAAAUUGAUAUGGGACCGAUUGCAUUUAAGGAGGGCCUGGAGCGCUGCCUUUCGGAAAUUCCGAAGGAGAAGUACCCGCUUCAUCAAGACCUGCUAGAUUUGAUCCAUUCGUCGCUUUCCAUAAAACCGGCAAACCGAAUACUCGCGGCAGAUGCAUUGAAGCAUCCAUGGUUGGGCUCUGUGUUUUCCAGCUUGGAUGAGCGACAAGACACCCAAAACAGUCAAAAACGCCCAAACAAAGAUGAACAGCGACCUCUGAUGUUUCCUGACCUCAUAUAG